AUGGAGCCCCGGGCGGCGGCAGCGGCAGCGGCAGCGGCAACGGGCUGCGUGAACGUCGGCAGUCUGACCAGCACGUUGCCGGUGAUUCCCUACCAGAAGCUGACCGACUUGUACUACCUGAGCAGAGGGGGCUUCGGUACCGUCUUCAAGGCUCAGCAUUCAGAUUGGAGGACCACCGUGGCCAUCAAGUGCCUCAAGUUGGACUCUCCGUUCGGAGAAAGAGAGAGAAAGUGUUUGCUGAAGGAAGCCGAGGUCCUCCACAAAGCUCGCUUUAAUUACAUCCUCCAGAUCUUGGGCAUCUGCAACGAGCCAGAGUUCUUCUGCAUCGUGACCGAGUUCAUGAGCAACGGCUCGCUGGACCAACUGCUUCACGAGAAGGACAUGUACCCUGUGCUGGCCUGGCCUUUGAGACUGAGGGUCCUGUAUGAGAUCGCCUUGGGGGUCAACUUCCUUCACAACAUGACGCCACCCCUUUUACACCAUGACCUAAAGACACAGAACAUUUUGCUGGACAGCGAAUUUCACGUUAAGAUUGCAGAUUUCGGUCUUUCAAAAUGGCGCCAACUCUCCGUCAGUAAAGGCUCAGGCUCCAAACCGUCGGAAAUGGGCGGAACCGUCAUCUACAUGCCCCCGGAGGAGUACGAACCCACCAAGAGUCGCCGCGCCGACGUCAAACACGACAUGUACAGCUAUGCGAUCAUCAUGUGGGAGGUGCUUUCCCGGCAAAUUCCGUACGAUGAAGUGAGCAACCCCAUGAAAAUCAUGUUCAACGUGCUUCGCGGGAUGCGACCCGACACCAGCCCGGCCAGUCUUUCUGACGAGAUUCCCGGCAGAGAUACCCUGGUUUGCUUAAUGACGUGCGGCUGGACCGCAAAUCCUGACGAGAGGCCUUCCUUCCUCAAGUGUCUGGUUGAACUGGAGCCCACGGUGAGGAAGUACAACGAAAUGGACUUCCUAGUGGCAGUGCUCGACAUUAAGAAGUCUCGGCCGAUCCGGCCGGCCGGCUGCCCGUCGGAGUGGCCCGAGAGCGAGAAGACGAGACGAGAGCAAACUCCCAAGAAGGACGAGGUCGCGUCCCGCCCGUGGCAGGAGAGCUCCACCUCGGGUUCGGGAUCUUCCUCCUCACAGGAGAUGGAAAUUUCCCUUCCGGGCGCCCUCACUAGCAGCAACAUGGCGCCUUCAAAAGAGGGAGCUCCCUCGUCAAUCUGCGUUCAGCCGCUGGAGCCCCCUGAGUCUCUGAAAGACCCGUGCGCCGCCGGACAUCUGAACGGUUUUCAGAGCGCUCGGCCUAUCGGUGACUUGGGCCCGUGCCUCAAAGCUUCUCCGCCCGCAUCUGACGUCCAAACGCGGCUGGAAACCCUCGCGCUGGACGCCAGGGAUUCGCCUUGGAAAGGCCCCGUCGGCGAGUGGAUGUCGACGCGACGCGAAGAGAUCGUGGCGCAGAUGACGGAAGCCUGCCUCAACCAGAGCCUGGACGCCCUGUUGGCGCGCUCCAUGCUGAUGCGCGAGGAUUACGAGCUGGUGGUCAACCAGACCACGCGCGCCGCCAAGGUUCGCCAGCUCCUGGACAACUGUCACCGGCACGGAGAAGACUUCUGCCGCGUGGUGGUCCGCAAGCUGCACCGCAACAAGCAGAUGGGCCUUCAGCCCUACCCCGACGAAAUGGCGCCGUCCUUCGCCGGGAACUUGUAGACGAUGCUACGGAGCCAAAAACGAGAUCAAAGACGUUUUCGUGCAGGGGGGAACGAGAGAAUGCGGUCCCGCUCGCUCGGCGCCCGCCGGGGGAACAAACACACGUGGGACAGAGUUGAGGAUUGCCUCACCGUCCGUCAACAGGCACGCAUCUCGCACGCCAGCCCGCAAACGUUAAUAGUCGUCACGCGACAGACGCACGGACUAAAAACAGCAGUUGUUCUGAUUCAGCACUCGACGAUUAACAUUGGCUGCCAUUGA